AUGGGGAAAAAAAAACGUAUGAAUGAAGAUUCGAGUAAAGAAGAUAAAGAUAAAGAGUCCAGUGUACUUGCAGAAGUUCCACCGGGUUGGAAAGAACCACCAUUCACAAAAGCAGAUAAUCCACAUGGAUUUAUGCGUGAAAGUUCAUUUGCAACAGUCUUUCCAAAAUAUCGUGAAAAAUAUCUUCAAGAAUGUUGGCCAUUAGUUAAAACAGAAUUAUUAAAAUAUGGUAUAAAAGCUGAACUUGAUCUGGUUGAAGGAAGUAUGAGUGUUUGUACGACAAAUGAUGCUUAUGAUCCAUUUAUGAUUAUACGUGCACGAGAUAUGAUAAAAUUAUUAUCAAGAAGUGUACCAUAUGAACAAAGUGUACGAAUUCUUCAAGAUGACGUUACUUGUGAUAUUAUCAAAAUAAGUUCAUUUGUUCGUAAUAAAGAACGUUUUGUUAAAAGACGACAACGUUUAAUUGGAGCAAAUGGUUCAACAUUAAAAGCAAUUGAAUUGUUAACAAAUUGUUAUAUAUUAGUUCAUGGUAAUACUGUUACAACUAUCGGACCUCAUCAAGGUAUCAGACAGGCACGUAAAAUUGUGGAAGAAACAAUGAACAAUAUUCAUCCAAUUUAUAACAUUAAAACAUUAAUGAUAAAACAAGAAUUAUCUAAAGAUCCCAAACUAAAAAAUGAAUCAUGGGAUCGAUUUUUACCAAAAUUUAAAUCUAAAAAUCUUUCAAAACGUUAUAAACCAAAUAAAGUUAGAGUGAAAAAACCGUAUACACCAUUUCCUCCACCACAACCUUUAUCUAAAAUUGAUAAAGAACUUGAAACAGGUGAAUAUUUUGCUAAAGAAGCUGAACGACACAAAAAAAAAAUGGAAUUAGAACAAGCAAAAAUGAAUGAAAAUAUUGAAACAUCGAAUAAGAAAAAGAGAAUAAAUCGUAUGAAAGAUUUUAUUCCUCCAAAUGAAGACAAUACGAAGGACAAAAAACAAAAACAAACAAUUGAUGACACAUCGAAAUUGAUAAGUAACGUCAGAAAUAAAGUGAAAAAAUUAAAAAGUGGCAAAUAG